CCGGCUGAUGAGGCGCUUCCGUCUUCCCCGGCGCCAGGCGCUCCCGCCCGCCUGCCUCUACCGCCGGGAGAGCGGCGUGGGGCCGGCCCCGGGACAGCGGCACUCUGAAGCUGCGGGGACGAGAGUAACAAUUUCAAGAUGUCAGGUGGUCCAAGAAUCUUGUUCACUGCAAUUGAUUCUGCUCUUUCUUCUUUGAAAAACUGCCAGUCCUACAUCAACUCUGGAAUGGAUGUGGCUACUCAGGUUGCCCUUGACCUUGUGGAAAGUUUCAAUGAUGAAGAGGAUAUUAACAAUAUGGAAAAAUUAAUGGUAGAAUAUGCUACAAUGGACAGAGAACUUAAUCAUUAUAUAAAAGCAUUUGAAGAAACCAUAAAUCAGGUAAAACGAGAAAACCCAGAAAAUUUACCAGAUUUAGAAAACUUAGCACAAGAAAAAUUCCUUGAAAUGGAGAGCAAGAACAGUGACUCAGAUUUACAGAGGAAUGAAAAAUAUAUGUAUUUUAAGGAUCAACUUAAGGAGAUGAAAAAACAAUAUCAUGGUAAUGACACCAUUGAACAAAUUGAUGAAGAUAUAGCUGUGACUCGGAGUCAGACAAACUUUAUUUGUCCCAUUACACAGAUGACAAUGAAGAGGCCAGUGAGGAACAAAGUCUGUGGACAUAUUUAUGAAGAAGAUGCCAUUCUGGAAAUGAUUCAGACUCAAAAGCAGAAAAAGAAAAAAGUCCGAUGCCCUAAAAUGGGUUGCAGUCAUGUUGAUGUAAAAGGAUCAGAUCUUGUACCAGAUGAAAUACUUAAAAGAGUGCUUGACAGUCAGAAAAAACAAAGCUGGUCAACAGUGGACACGUGAGCUGGAUAUGCUACUGCC